CCGCACUGGAUACCCAGAGAGAGGAAAGGGAGAACAAAGACCACACUACCCAAUCUGACUUCUUAACUGGGUGACAAUGGAAGCAAAGACAGAGACCCAAACACCACCAGAGCAGCUGGUUGACAGGGACCUGUCUGAACAAAUCAAAAAGGUGACCAAAGACAGUCACGUCCGAGCAGAAAACACAGAAAUGAUGCUGAGCUUUCAACGGGGACAAGUAACACUUCAACAGUAUAAGCUCCUGCUGUGCUCCCUGUACGAGAUCUACCGAGCUCUGGAGGAUGAGCUGGACUCCAACUCCAACCACCCCGGCGUGGCGCCCAUCUACUUCCCGGCUGAACUGGCCAGGCUGGAGUCCGUCGAGAAGGACCUGGAGUUCUUCUACGGCCGGGACUGGAGAGAGAAGAUCGUCGUUCCUGCCGCCACUAAGAGAUACUGCCACAGGAUCAGACAGAUUGGUAAAGAAAGCCCUGAACGCCUGGUUGCCCAUUCGUACACCCGUUACCUGGGCGACCUGUCGGGAGGGCAGGUCCUCGGCCGAAUCGCCCAGAAGUCCAUGGGACUGAAGGGCAGCGAGGGUUUGUCCUUCUUUGCCUUCCCCGGCGUUUCCAGCCCCAACCUGUUCAAGCAGCUGUACCGCAGCCGGAUGAACAGCGUGGAGCUGACGGAGGAGGAGAGGAACGGCGUGCUGGAGGAGGCUGUCAGGGCCUUUGAGUUCAACAUCCAGGUCUUUGAUGAUUUACAGAAGAUGCUGACCGUCACUGACAAUAAUCUCCAGGAUUCCUUACCAAAGUCAAAGCCAGUACAUGCAAAAACACUACAGGUCCCGCUCGGCAGGAUGAUGCUGGGAUUCCUCAUCGCCCUGGUCUCUGUCACCGUGGGAAUGUAUGCUUUGUAGAGACUAUUAUUUUUACGUGAAAGACCUUUCUGAGAAACUAUUGACCGCCUCCGAACUGGUGACCCGUCCAAAGCGGACCCGGCCGCUGGCACCAAGACGGCUGGGACGGACUCCAGGACCUCCGCGACCUCAGACGGAAAGAAGGAGGUGUUUAAAAGAAAAGUAGGGCUUUAUAUUGAUAUGGGUUUGUGAUUUAUGUUUUUGAACCCCGCUCUUAAAACACAAUCCUAUCAAACUUUAUAUUGAGUAAUAAAACCUUGUGCUCUGUUAGUGCAAUCUACCUAUGAAUCACACCCAAACUGCAUGUACUUACUUUUUGUUGAAUUGUACAGUUUAGUUUUUUUUCUGACGGAUCAAAGCAGGUUAUAUUUUGAAUACUGUAAAUAUGUGAACCUUUUUUGUAAUUAAAUGUUGUGCCUUUAUA